AUAGAUAGACAACACUACCUUUAGCUCUGGAUUUUCAUAUUAUAGAUACAUGUUCAAAUAUUAUUUUUAUAACGCGACCAGACCAUAAGGACAUCAGCACCCAAGCCAUUCGGCUUCACGUUCUUACGAACAGAGUAAAGUGCCAGUCUGUUGGUUUUUUUUUUUUGUUUUUUUUUUCUUCUUCUUUUUUAAAGACUCUUUCAUAUUUGUUGAAUUUUCUAAACAAAAAAGGAAACUUAUCUACCAUCAGCAGUUACACGGACUUUCAGAAAUCAGAACAGAUGAUUUGCCUAACUAGCAGAAACAUUGAAGCAUUGUGCUAAGUUGUACUUAGAGAACAAUGUGUGCUUGUCGUUUGGAAGAAAUGCAACAAACGCCACCAAAUUACCACAUAUUGUAUGGAGACUUGGAGGAAUAUAUAAAAGAAAUGGAAAAUAGAAUCCAAAAUACAAAUGAAUGUAAUGACGUUUAUGCCGAUCUUGCACAAAAAGAACAAGAUCUAAUUUUAGCCGCUCAACUAGGAAAGGCACUACUUGAAAAGAAUGAAGAACUUAGCCUUAUAAAUGAGAAGUUAACAGAAAACUUUUCCAGAAAACUUGAGCUUCUAGAGCAGGAAAAGCAUGGUUUGAAGAGAAAGUUAGACUCUGUGGAGGGAGAAUAUGAUAGUCGCGUGGCAGAACUUUUGGCAGAUAUUGCAGAGCUGAAGAACGAACUUGAAGGCCACGAGGUGUCGCUGAAGUUCACUGAGAGAGAAAAAAGAAAACUCAUUCAUGAGCUUCAGGAACAAAACCACAAACUUUCUACUGCUUUGAGACAGGCCAGCAAGUCUGAGGAACACCUAACUGGACAGCUGAAGUCACUACGGCAGCAGUUCACUGUCCGACGUUCGAACUUUACUGACCACGUGUCGCAGUUGGAAGGACUUAGGGAGGAGAUCAAUAUCUUAUUGAAGAGGAAAUAUGAUCUGGAACAGAGAAUUGAGAGUCUUGGAGAGGAACGUGAGAAUCUCAGCUUGACUUUAGAAGAAUCUGGAGAUCGAAUCAUAAUGUUAGAACGUAAUAACAAAGAACAAGAGCAACAGAUCCGAAACCAGCAAAGAGACAUUGAAGAGCUUAGACAUGUCAAUGCCCAUCUCCAAGCAAAAAUAGACAACAUUCUCAGGAGAUGUAGCUCCCCCAGUUUUGGGCAAACGUCCAUUUACAAUGAAAUUGAAAUGUCAUCAACCUCAUCCACAGAAGAUGAAUUAAAUGGAAGUCAGAAUGGCAGAAAUAGGUCACAGUCACAGCCAGGAUUAUCGGUUGGUAUCAAUGGAGACUUAGAAGAUGAAGAUAUUGAAUGUGAUGAUUCUGAAAUGUCACCAUUUACUGGACUUCCAAUUCCAGAUUCAGAGGAUAGUUGGAAGUUACGAAAAGAACUAAGUGAGAUCUACCACCAGAUUAAACAGUUAUGUGAGAACCUGAGGAGAAGAAGAGAUAGUUUGUCAAUGGACAGUGGCAUUCAGUCUUCCCCAGAUGAAGUAGAAGUACAUCACAUGCGCGUAGGGAUGUUAACUGCAGUGCUUAAAGAAUUACGAGCUCUUAUGCAUGACCUUUUUGCCAAUUAUAAUGAAAUACCUUGCUCGUCUUGUCAGACAGUAUCACGUGAGAGAGACUUAUUGGAUAAAAUUCAGAAGGAACUUAAAGAUAAAACUAAUGAUGUGAAGAAAAAGGAAGAAAGUGUCUUAGAACUUACAAAAAUGGCAGCCAUUCAUGAAAGAGAAAUAAAUAUUCUCAAAGGAGAGCGAGAUCAAUUGCGAGAUGACAUAGGAAACAGUAAAAUAGCCAAAGACGAAAUUGUUAAGAAAGCAUGGGAAGUUCGUGAUGGAGCUGUGGGACGAAAGAAUGCUGUUGAGAUUCAGCUUGCAAAAACGAGGAUUGAUAUGAUGCACAUUAACAGCCAGCUUAUGGAAGCUAUUCAACAAAAAGUGGAAUUAUCACAACAACUAGAACAGUGGCAGGUGGACAUGCAGAUCCUUCUAGAUGAGCAACUGAAAACAAAGUUAAGGACUCAAGAACAAGAAGAUAACAAAAAGAUACUUAAGCAGCCUCAGCCUCACAAGCCAGCAGGAAAUAAUAAAGGCAAACUUUUUAAACUCUGGAGGUGAUAUAAUCUCUUAAGUAAACAAAAUGGCCAAGAAAAUCUUUUACCCAAAGUUUUAUUGUGAUAUAUUUAUGUAACAGUCUGUAAGGAUAGGUUUUUCAAAAACAAUCAUGGCCUGCUUCAUACCCGUACAAAUUGCUUGGAAAAACAUACAGGACUGUUUUAUUAAGGGGUAACGUUUACUCAGCACAUAAAAAUACCUAUUUAUUCUAUUCAUAUUUUGAAGUUAAGAGAACACUUUUGAAAAUAUAAAUUGAAAAAUAUCUAAAUAUUUUCUUAUUAUGGAUAAAGGUUUUAUUAAACUAAGUAAUAAUGUAAAUUGCAAGUAUUUAUUGAAGAAAAGUACAGAAUAAGCAUUAGAUAUAAGUGUCCAUUUUAAAUGAUCUCCUAAUUCUCACUAGUCAUCAAGCAGGAUACAAAAAUAUUUUAAAAUUUUCUAUAAGAUGAAAAGAAACUAGUGUGUUAUGGUUUGGUAGUGUUAGUACAAGUAUUUUACUUUGUAAAUACACUAGACAUAUUAAUGUAGAAUACAUUUUGGACAACUUUGUAGACUCCGAUUGAAACACUAACUUCAUUUAGCUGUACUAAUAAGUAGCAAAAGUAUGUAUGAUGUACUUUUUCACACCAGCUGAAGUUAACUUUAGGUACUUAUUGAAGUCUGUCCAAGUGGAAGUUAUUGUCUUAGUCGUGUGGAAUGGUUACUGACUUAACACUGCCUUUAACUUGCAUUUAAUGCAUUGCUAAGCCUAUUUUUUCUGUGCCAAGUAACUGAAAAAAGCUUAAUUACUGGAAUGUGGAUGUUUUAAUUUGUUUGCUGUUCCAUUUUUACUUAUUAAAUAUGGGAGGGGGUGAAUAUCUUGUUUGCAAUUUUGUAAAAUCAUAAUUCCAAACAGAUUGUGUUUCAAUGUUAAUAACAUUACAAGAAAUUAGAAAACAUGUAGGUAAUAUAACUAGGACUGUAAAGCAAAAAAUUACAUUAAAGAGAGAGAGAGAAAGAAAAAAAAAAAGAGAUGCAAGUCUGAAGCUACCUUAAUAUUACUGAAAAUAAAUAUUUGUGAAUUGAAACUGUUACAAAUAUUGUUAAUAAAACAUUAACUGAAGUUUACAAAUUCUUUGAAGUAACAUAUACAUACAGAGAAGGUCGUGUUGUAUAUAUAAUUUUCAAUUUACUACCCCAAUUAAAUAAUCACUGGUAAAUUUGUGAAUAGAAGUGCAACUUGCUUAACCUCAAAAUUUGAGAUUUAAUAAUGUAAUGUACCCAUUAGCAAGAACUUUCAAAAGGGAAUAACCAAGUAUAGAUGAAGUAGCUUGAAUUGUAAAAUAUAAGAACAAACCAAGCCACAUUUAGAAAUUUCAUUAAAAGGUUUUCACUUUUAUUCUCUUACCUAUUACCAGUUCACCAUCCAUAAAAAUAAAAUAAUUAACAUUAAUGAGCACUAUCAGUGCUUUGCCAUAUCAGUCUGUCUUGUGAGGUUGAAAAGUCCUACACAGCAAAAAGAAAAAUGUCCUGUCUUUAGUUGCUUUACUUUAAUUUAUACUUUGUAAACUGUUAUUAAAUUUUAAGACACUAGGUAAUAAAUUGUAUUUCAAUUCAAAUUGAAAUGG